CAGCCGCCGCGCGAGAGUGGCGACAGCCGCGACAGCUCGGCAUAUAUGCCCCCCGCGGGUCUCGGGGGCGCACCACACUGGCCACCGCGGUGCCGCCUGGACAGAGCCGCGUGAACCGACUAUACGGGCGACAUGGGACUGCCGCUGAGGACGACGCUGGCGCUGCUGCUGGUGUGCGCCGGGGCGGCCUCCGGAGCAGCCCCGCUCUUCCGGUGCCCGCGGGGACCGACGUUCAACGCGUGCUUCUCGCGGUCUCUGCUACGCGUCGUGCGAGCCAUGGGUUACGGCGACGCCGCCGCCGGGAUCCCCAAGCUGGACCCGCUGCUGGUGCCGGUGAUGCCCGUGAGCAGGCACGACGGCGCCGCGCUCAACAUGAACCUCACCUUCUACAACAUGCGCAUCAGCGACAUCACCCACAACGUCGUCAUGCACUCGCUCAAGUUCGACGUCGACAACCUCGAGAUGGACAUCCGGUUCUCCAGGCCGCAGGUCAACUUCCGCGGGACCUACAAGACGGACGGCAAGAUCCUGUGGCUGCCGGUGUGGGGCUCCGGGCCCUUCCAGAUGCACAUGGGGACGGUCUUCGAGAGGUACCGCAUCAAGGGCGAGCGCAGGGUGGGCCCCGACGGCCAGGCCUACAUGCACAUCGUGGACUACGCGUCCACGCUGGAGCCCCGUCAGAUGAGCCUGGACUUCCAGAACCUCUUCAACGGCAAUUGGCUGCUCGGCAAGGGUGCCAACUCGCUGAUCAACAGCCGGUGGGAGACGAUCUACGGCGAGAUCGCCCCCCUCAGCGACAGGCACUUCAGCAACAUUAUGCGACCGCACUGGGAGGACGUCUUCAGUCGCGAGCCCCUCGACAUCAUGUUCCCUAGGCCGACGCGGUACUUCUAUUUCUUCGACUGAUGUUACUUACUUCACAACCAGCCGUUUUUAUCUUGUAAAUUAUUUGUUUGUUCAAUAAAGUGUUGUCCUGUUUUCUA